AUGGCGAACGAGGGCGAGCGGUCAGCUUCCGCCGACAAGGGCAAGGGCAAGGUAGAUGAUGUCAAGGAUCUGCCUGGAGCGAAGAAGGCACAGAAUGAAGAUGCUGUACAAACGAACGGAAAGAAGAAGGAGGAAGAAUCGCAGGAAGAGGAGCUUAAUGAAGAAGAUCAGCAGUUGAAGAGUGAGCUUGAAAUGCUCGUGGAAAGAUUAAAGGAACCGGAUACAUCGCUGUAUGGUCCUGCCUUAGAUGCGAUCAAGAACUUCAUCAAGACCUCAACCUCCUCCAUGACGGCUGUUCCCAAGCCUCUCAAAUUCCUCAGACCGCACUACGAUGAACUGACCGAGCUCUAUGACAAGUGGCCGGCAGGCACCGUCAAGGACUCCUUGGCCGAUAUGCUUUCGGUCCUCGGGAUGACGUACGGUGAUGAGGAGAAGCUCGAGACGCUGAAGUACCGCCUCCUCGCUAAGUCAGAAGAUCUGGGCUCUUGGGGGCAUGAAUAUGUUAGGCACUUGGCGCUGGAGAUUGGUCAGGAGUACCAAAACAGAUUGAAUGCCGAAAAAGAUGUGCAGGAUUUGAUCGAUCUCGCGCUGUCCCUCGUCCCAUACUUCUUGAGUCAUAAUGCCGAAGCCGAUGCUGUUGACCUUUUGAGCGAGCUGGAAAUCAUUGAAGAGAUCCCUCGCUUUGUGGAUGAGAACACCUACUCCAGAGUUUGUCUAUAUAUGGUUAGCAUGGUCAAUCUUCUCACCUACCCUGAAGACCAGCAGUUCCUCCGAACGGCACACGAAAUCUACGUCCGGUACAAAGAGCUCACGAAAGCAAUUGUGCUUGCGAUUCGACUGAAUGAUACCGAACUCAUCAAGAGCGACAUCAACGCCACCUCGGACCCUGCCCUUAAGAACCAGAUGGCCUUCCUGGUCGCCCGACAGCAGAUAUGGCUCGAUUUUCCGGAAGAGGAGGAUAACGCGUCAUUUAUGGACUGCUUGAACAACAUAUCUCUCUCGAAGCAUUUCAAGUCGCUGGGGAAGGAGCUUGAUAUUCUGGAACCUAAGAAUCCCGAAGACAUCUACAAGACCCAUCUCGAAAGCAGCCGCGGAGCUGGUUUGACCAAUGUCGAUUCGGCCAGGCAUAACCUGGCAAGUGCCUUUGUGAAUGCAUUUGUCAAUGCUGGAUCUGGUAAAGACAACCUGAUGCUGGGAGAGGAUGACAAGGGUAGUUGGAUCUGGAAGACGAAAGAUGACGGCAUGCUAUCCACCACGGCUUCACUCGGUAUGCUCCUCAACAAAGAUACGGACGAUGGGUUGGACAGAAUCGACAAGUUCACAUAUGCUAGCGAAGAGCAGAUUAAGGCGGGUGUGUUGUUGGGCACAGGUAUGAUUGGCUCCGGUGUACGAUUAGAAGGAGACCCGAUUCUGGCCCUCUUGGGUGAUGCGGAAGUCUGGCAGGAGAAGAGCGUACCAGUCAAGGUCGCUGCCAUCAUGGGUCUUGGUCUCGCCUAUGCUGGAUCGAACAAGGAGGAUCUCCUCGAAAUUCUUCUUCCCAUUGUCGAGGAUGUUUCCUUGGAUAUGCAGCUGUCGGCAAUGGCAGCUGUCUCCCUUGGUCUCAUUUUCGUUGGGUCCUCAAACCACCAAGUCAGCGAAGCCAUUGCUACCACUCUCAUGGACGAGGAGCGGCAGAAGCAACUCAAGGACAAGUGGACACGCUUCAUGGCCCUUGGCUUGGCUCUUCUGUACUUUGGCCGCCAAGAGGAGGUUGACGUCAUUCUUGACAUCCUCAAGGCUGUUGAUCAUCCCAUGGCUAAGCCUACUUCUGUUCUUGCCUCUGUUUGCGCCUGGGCGGGCACCGGUACUGUGCUGAAGCUGCAGGAGCUACUCCACAUCUGCAACGAUCUUAUCGACGAGGAAGACGAUGAGAAGAAGGGAGACGAGCUCGUUCAGUCCUAUGCAGUCUUGGGCUUGUCGCUCAUCGCGAUGGGUGAGGAAGUUGGGCAGGAUAUGAUUCUCAGACAGUUCGGCCAUUUGAUGCAUUAUGGCGCCAGCAAUAUCCGAAAGGCAGUACCACUUGCCAUGGGUCUGAUCAGCCCCAGCAAUCCCCAGAUGAAAGUCUACGAUACUUUGUCCCGAUACAGCCACGACAAUGACAACGACGUCGCCAUCAACGCGAUCUUCGCCAUGGGUCUUUGCGGAGCUGGUACCAACAAUGCCCGCCUGGCACAAUUGUUGAGACAGUUGGCGAGCUACUAUCACCGUGAUCAGAACUCGUUAUUCAUGGUUCGCAUCGCUCAGGGUCUGCUGCACAUGGGUAAGGGAACGAUGACAUUGAACCCUUUCCACACCGAUCGCCAGGUUCUUUCCCGUGUAGCAGCUGCCGGUCUGCUCACUGUCGUUGUAUCUUUGAUCGACGCCAAACAGUUCAUUCUUGCUGAACAUCAUUACCUUCUGUACUUCCUCAUCACCGCCAUGUACCCACGAUUCCUCGUCACCCUUGACGAGAACCUUCAGCCACUUACCGUGAACGUCCGUGUAGGACAGGCCGUUGAUGUGGUUGGCCAGGCUGGUCGCCCUAAGACGAUCACCGGCUGGCAAACACAGAGCACCCCUGUCCUCCUGUCCUAUGGUGAGAGGGCAGAGCUGGAGGAUGAGCAAUAUAUUCCUCUCAGCAGCACCCUCGAGGGUCUUGUCAUCUUGCGAAAGAACCCCGAUUGGGAAGAGAAUUCCGCCUAA